AUGGGCAGUGCCAGCCCGGGCCUGAGCGGGGCACCCCCCAACCGCCUCCUGCUGCCCCCUAAUGCCGUGCUGCGGACUGGCCUGGAGAAGGUAGCAUCUACAGUGGGCCCUGCGAGGCAGGACUGGAGCCCCAGCCCACCGGGCACGCCUGAGCAGGGCCUGUCUGCCCUCUACCUCUCCUACUUCGACAUGCUGUGUCCCGAGACCAGCAGCUGGAUGCCCAAGGGCCCUGGGGCUGAUGCCCGGGAGGAGACACCGGAGGAGCCAGAGCAGUGUCCAGUCAUCGACAGCCAGGCCCCGGGGGGCAGCCUGGACCUGGUACCUGGCACACUGGCCCUGGAGGAGCACUCUCUGGAACAGGUGCAGACCAUGGUGGUGGGGGAAGUGCUCAAGGACAUUGAGACGGCUUGCAAGCUGCUCAACAUCACAGCGGACCCUGUGGACUGGAACCCUGGCAACGUGCAGAAGUGGCUGCUGUGGACGGAACACCAGUACCGGCUGCCCCCCGUGGGCAAGGCCUUCCAGGAGCUGGGGGGCAAGGAGUUGUGCGCCAUGUCGGAGGAGCAGUUCAUCCAGCGCUCGCCGCUAGGGGGCGACGUGCUGCAUGCACACCUGGACAUCUGGAAAUCAGCGGCCUGGAUGAAAGAAAGGACUUCCCUGGGGGCCAUUCACUAUUGCGCCUCGGCCAGGGAGGAGAGCUGGACAGACAACGAGGUGGACUCUUCAUGCUCCGGGCAGCCCAUCCACCUGUGGCAGUUCCUCAAGGAGCUGCUGCUCAAACCCCACAGCUAUGGCCGCUUCAUCCGGUGGCUCAACAAGGAGAAGGGUAUCUUCAAAAUCGAGGACUCAGCCCAGGUGGCCCGUCUGUGGGGCAUCCGUAAGAACCGCCCCGCCAUGAACUACGACAAACUGAGCCGCUCCAUCCGCCAGUAUUACAAGAAGGGGAUCAUCCGGAAGCCCGACAUCUCCCAACGCCUGGUCUACCAGUUUGUGCACCCCAUCUGA